AUGCAUUGGACGGCUUGUUUCUCAUUGCUUGUCCUCGCUGCUGGGGCCAUUGCGGCCCCCCACGCGCGUGCAGAUAAGCAUUAUGCCAUCAUGGACAACGAUUGGUAUACGGCAGGAUUCGUGCCUUAUCUGAUCGCCCUGGAUGGUGAUGUGGAUAUUCUAGGUCUGGCCUCCGAUACCGCCAAUAGUUGGCAGCGACAAGGAGCGUUGCAUGCCGUCGCUACUCUCGAGGCUGGUAAUUUGAGCUGCAUCCCCGUCUAUGCCGGCGCGACCUGGCCAUUGAUUAAUACCCCUGAGCGCUUUCAAGCAUGGGAGACUAUCCACGGAAAGCUACCCUGGGAGGGCGCAUUUGCGCCGGAGAACAAAACCGCCGAAGCUGAGGGUAAUGACCCUACCUCGGGAAACCCCAACCGCUUUGUGAAGGCGGCUUUCAGGGAGGGUUAUCCCAAGGGCAAGCCAAACAACUCUACCUCGGCUGCAAACUUCAUGGUCGAAAUGGUACACAAGUACCCUGGUCAAGUGUCCAUCUACUCGGCCGGUGCCCUGACCAACAUUGCAUUGGCUGUUCGCAUGGAUCCGGAGUUUGCGUCGCUUGCUAAGCAGCUUGUAAUCAUGGGCGGAUACGUUGACUUGAACAUGCUCCAGGCUACUGGUAGCAUUAUGCUGGCUGAUUACCAGUCUGACAUUAACCUGAUGAUUGACCCAGAAGCCUCCAAGAUUGCACUGACUGCAGACUUCCCCAGCAUCACUAUCGCCGGUAAUGUCGCCAACCAGGUGUUCCCCAGUCAGCAGUUUGUCGACGAAGUCAAGACCGCCAAGAACCCCUACGCGGAGCUCUUUUCCAAAUCUAAAUACUGUGUAUGUCGGUUUGAAUUUACUGACAACUUUGCUGCACUAGUUUACCUCGACGUGGACACCUCAUAUGGCAGCCCCAACUACGGCAACAUCCAUGUUUACCAGAAGGCCCUUGCCCCUCUCGGUAUUCGCCAGGUGAACUACAUUUUCGAGGUUGAUGCCGACAGGCUGACCCAGCGAAUCAAGCAUUCGUUGAUGCACCCCAAGACCUGCGCGGACCUCGCAUAA